GUUGUGCCGGUGAAUCAAGGCCAUGGGCGUCGCUACCGUGGUGGUGGUAGACGUAUGCAAGUGGUGGUCCUUCCCGUGACCACGCUCUCACUGCCCACCGCUUUGCUGCAAUGGGUAGCUCCAUAACUCACUACAUGGCAAAGCAUUUCCCAGUGGCAUCAAUGGUUUAUGUACAGGAGGUUGGGCAUUGGAGUUAUGACGGGGUACAUCUGAGUGAAGCGGGAGAGGCAGAAUUCAUGGAGAGUUUGAAACGGAAGCUGAUCAAGGUUAUGUUGCCUAAGGACUUGGAAGUGAUGAGAUCCAUGCAAUAUCAAGGGAGGAGAUUGGUGCAGACAGUAAGGAUCAACCCAGGUCUGAUGUUCUGCCUGUUCACGAGGCCUGCUGUUGCAUCGGACGGCGGAUUCCAUCCACCAGGAGCCAGCAAUACCCGCCUUGGUGUAGCUGCGGCCAAUGCAGUGAUAUGCCAACUUCCGUUGAGCGUGUUUGCUGUGGGAAAAGAGUGUGCAUCACUCACACCCCAAAAUUCAACACCUUGGUAUUGGAUGAGCGUGUCUUGGCUCUAGGACGGUUGCUGCGUCGAAAUAUUCUUGUGUUCCCAGAUGAACAACUGGGCGAAGAAGAAAACAACAACAAUGUGGCCAAUAGGUUUCAUGCCUACAUGAAUUAUACCCUUUGGAGGCAUGGUCGUUUCAGCUCUGAAGUGAGGAUUCCUAUCUUGGCAUGUGCUGUGUGGAAGAUUAGUGACAAGUUCCCCCACCCAUAUGAGCAGUUCAUCGGUUUCAAACCAUCAGUGUAGAAUUUUAUCAUCUAGAGUGUCUAAUUUUAUUUUUUUGU